GGUGACGAGCAGAGCUCGGUCCUUUCCGUAUCGUUUCGGCCGCGAGGCGUUGUGGAUGUAAGAAUGCGGUUACCAUAGGGCUGUGGGCAUUGCUGGGCACUCGGCGCGGCGGAGAUAUACGCAAGGAAACGGGGACCCACCGUGUCUGUCGUCCAACUUAGCGGGGCCGUAUCGGGAAUGUGGAAGGAAACUCGAGACGGAGAGGCGACGGUGGAAACGGGGCAGCAGCGUCUGUACAUCCCCCAUCCAUUUUUUCUGGGGAUUUUCUGUCUUUGUGGGGGGGAGAGAGGGAUUGCGAGAGAAGCCAAGGAUUCCCCGGCAGCACCAUGGAGCCACGGCACUGCAGACAACAGUGAAAGGUGACAGUGAAAUGAAAUGCAAAUUGUCUGAGCCGGCACUGUGACCAUCUUCCUGCUGCAAAAGAAGUGAUAAUACUUAACGUCAAGCUCCUCUUUUGUCUGUCAGAUUUGGAGUUUGUGAGGCCAACAACAUCAUCAUGUUCUACGGUUCUUCCUCUGGGGCCAGCAUGUCUCUGCCAUCCAAGAGUCGCCUGAAGCGCCAGAGCAGAACCUUUACACAGGUCCUGUACCGCACUCUGAGCUACAGAGACCGUGUCCCAGCAGAGACGGGGACAAACACUCGAGGGGAUCGGCGCUCCACUACUGAACCCCCAGAGCGGCCAGCGGAUGACCCCGCCGAACUCUCCACUCAGAGCUCAGCCCCAGGGGUGCUGAAGAUCUUUGGAGAUGAGAUCUGUGCCGGUGCCAACUACAAGAGUGUCCUGGCCACGCCCCGCUCUAGUGCUCAGGAACUCGUGAAGGAAGCGCUGGAGCGGUACUCGCUCAGCAAGGAUGCAGCCCGCGUCUAUGUACUGUGUGAUGUGAUCGGACAUCUGGAGGGGGGUGGGGCAUGGAGGACUGAGUGCCUGCGAGCGCUUGGGGACAACGAGAAGCCGCUGUUGCUCCAGGAGCUGUGGAAGCCCCGAGAAGGACAUGCUCGCAGGUUUGAGCUGCGCAGGAGAGCUGAGGUGGACGAACUCAAUGCCAAAGAGAAGGAUACCAUCACUGCUGGGCCCAGAACCCCUCAAUUCUUGGCGGCUCUAAUGGGUCGGUCUGGGCUGGGCAAACACAGGAGCUCCCCCCUGCGGUCUGGUCGGGUGGUACAGUCCAGCUCUAAAGAUAUUAAUGCACAGGCCCGGAAGCUCCAGAGGAACAGGGCUAAGGGGACACUGACCCUGCCCCGCGCCAGCAAUUCAUCCUUCUGCCGCAGCCUCAGCGAAACAAGUCUUAAUCAGCUUGGAGUGGGAGAGGAGCCCAAACGAUAUUAUUCCACCUUGCCAGGGCCACUGAGGGGUCGAGAACGUGAUGGACCCUCCAGCAACCGGAGGAAAGAAGAGGGCAGUCAGGGAACAGGAGGGGUGAGGCACUCUCUCUACCAGUCCCCCCAUCUUCUUCUGCUACAAGGAUUCAAUCGGCAGGACUGCCUGGUUUAUCUUCUGAACAGGGAGCAGCACACAGUGGGUCAGGAAACCCCAUCAGCCCGCCCCAACAUAUGCCUCUUCUCACCUGACAUCCUUCCCCUCCACUGCCGGUUGCGCCGAGUCCCCGCACCACAUCAUCAUACCAACAGCAACAAGGGAGACGAUUUGCCGGAGAGUCACCGUUUCUGUGUUGCUGUUGAGCCUGUACUCAACGCCACUGUGCUGGUGAACUUUUCCCGCUGUGAGCGCACAACGACGCUGCGACAUGGCGACCUUCUCUCCUUUGGAGCUCAUUACAUCUUCCUCUACAAGGACCCCACGGGCGCCAAGCCCCUGCCUGCUCAAACGUUGGCACGGCUACGCACAUUGGGGCAGCUCUAUGAUUCAGGGGUAGAGGAGGGGGAGGAUGGGACUCAAACUUGUAAAAUGUGCGGUUCUGUACUGAAGGACAAAACCGCACAAGUGGUUAGUGUCGCGGCAGUUAGACGUAGCUUCAAGCCACACCUGGUGAAACCUCGCGGUGUUGGGAUGGUGUCAGGAGGUGAAACGGCAGCACGAGGAGGAGGUCAAAAAAGAAAGCUACAGCUGGAGUUUGACCAAGCUCAUGAGGACCAGCUGUUGAAUAGAAUCGUCUCUCUCAUUGAACCUGGAGGAGACGACCAUAAGCUGACGCCUGCCUACCUACUGUGUCUGUGUAUACAACACUCUGCAUCAACCUUCCCUCCUGGCAGCUUUGGCAAACUGCUGCUGAAGAUUGUCCGUCGAAUCCAAACCAUUGCAUGGGAGAAGACAAAGGAGCUGGCUCAGAAGCAAGCUCAGCAUCAGGACCCAGCCUCCUUGUCUUUACUCAGCAUCUCAGACCUGAUCCCAGACUUGCAGACCAUCUUCUUCUGGAUGUCAAACUCAAUUGAGAUCCUCUACUUUAUCCAGCAAAGGGCGCCAGCCUACACACACAGCAUAGAGGCGCUGCAAGGGUCAAAGGAGUCGUUGUUAUCGGCGACCAUAACAGCCAAUGAAGAGGCUAUGACUAUCUUGGAAGAAGUGAUCAUGUACACAUUCCAGCAGUGUGUUUAUUAUAUCACUAAGGCUCUUUAUGUGGUGUUGCCUGGUUUAUUAGACUGUAAUCCAUUCCCAGUCGACAGCUCUGAACCCUGCUGGAAAGGAGGUGUCGGGUUUCCUGAACCUGUCCGCAGAGUCCUGCAGGUUUUUCAGAGUGCACAGGAGCUACUGCACGGUUACCUGGUUCACCCGGAGAUCCAGGCUCAGAUGUUUGCUUACCUCUUCUUCUUCUCCAAUGUUUCACUACUUAACCAGUUACUGGACAAAGGUCCAGCCCGGGGUUGGUUCCAGCGUUCAAAGUCGCUGCAAAUCCAGGCGUGUUUGCGAAUGCUGAUGGAAUGGGCAACCAAGUCCGGUCUGGGGCAUCUGGCUGAAAAGUUCUUCACCAAACUCAACAGUACUGUGUCCAUAGUGGCCAUGCCCCCACAGCAGCUCACACAGUUGAGUUGGCGAGUGUUGUCCAGUGAGCACCCAUCUCUGAAACCAGUCCAGCUCCACAGGAUCCUCACCCAGUACCAGCUGACAGCAGAGAUAGGUCCUGUCCCAAUAUGGCAGCCCAGCAGUGAGGAUGAGGCUUAUAUCUAUAGAUCAGUUGACCUCCUGGAAAGCUUUGAGAACCACCCGCCCAUCGUCCUGCCCAGCUCAGGGUUCAGAGUGGACCUGGACAACGAGUGUGUGGAGGACAGCAUCUACAGACAGCUGCUCUAUGUGCGUCACUACCUGUGGGGUCUGAGGACCAAGACGCAAACUCACACCACCACUCCCAGUGUGCACACACAGUCCAAUGGAACCAACACAGCCGACUGGCCGGACGUCCAGAGGGAGCUGCUACCUCCGGCCCACAGCAGCCCCCGCUCUGGGGGGGGCGCCGGGGAUGAGACAGCAGCAGAGGAGAGGGGACGAGACCGGCCACCGGGCCAGACACAAACCCACAGCCUCAGAAGGAACGGAACCAUUCACCAUCCUCGUGCAGCAAAUCCGGACCCAUCCUGCCUCCUGACCCCACCCAACACCCCCCUGUACCCAGAGGGGGGAGGUGUAGCGGGGUCCAUUCUCUGCACCAGCAUUCAGACUAAUGGCUGCUCAGCCAGAACCCUAGCAGAAUGUAAAAAGACCAACGGACUCCUCACAAAUGGACUGGAAGGAUGUAUUAGUGGCUGUGAGUUUCCUUUCCCUGUCUCCUCCCCCGGCGCUCCUUCCCUUGCUGAUGAUUUGUGUGUGGUGUUUGUAGUGGAACUCGACAAGGGACCCUACGGACUGGGAAUGGGACUCAUUGAUGGCCUGCACACCCCUCUUAAUGCUCCCGGUAUUUACAUCCGGACCCUGAUCCCCGAUGGGCCGGCUGCAUCCGACGGCAGGCUGAGGAUCGGCGACCGCAUCCUGGCAGUGAAUGGGACCAGUCUGAUCGGAGCCGACUACCAGAGCGCGGUGGAUCUGAUUCGUCUGGGAGGGGGUCGACUGCGUUUCCUGGUAGCCAAGUCAGACCCCGAGGUCUCAGAGAAGAUCAGUGCCUCGUCCUGCUGACCACUGCCCCACUAGCACCAUGCUGCUGACACGUGCAAAGCUCAGCAGGGUUCACACAACUAUGGCUUACAUGUAUCAGACUGGGAAUCCUGAGUUUGUAAAAUAGCAUCAGGUUCAUUAAUCAUCACCAGGCAGCCUGGUGUUUAAAGCACAGAAGAAUUAUCCUCAAUGUGUGGAAUAUUUCCAGCUCUAAUUCCAGAUGGAAAUAGCUUGAUUCAUUGCUCAGCUGUCGCUCGGAAGCAUCCAUUUGUAAAACUGGAGAGACAUCCUUCUGUUUAUGUCAAAGCAUUUGAUGACGUGCUUUUGGAAAGGAAUGUUUUAUAAAGUUGUUUGUUAGGAGUUCUUGACACCAUUAAACUUUUGUGAUUGAAUGUUUACUUUUUGUACCAGGCUUUGGAUGUAAAACACCUGGCUGAGGGCCUGAAUGUGAGGAGCUCCACUCCUGGUGGAAACGUUGAGCUUCAGGUCCUCAGUGCCGCUCUGUUCACACUGUAAAUAGUUAUAAAUAUUUUAUCAGCUAGAUGAACAACAGAAAGCAAUUUGGGAUUUAUUCCUGUUUGUGAGGAGAAAAAAAACAAAGACCUAUUGAUGGAAAAUGUUUUAUGGAA